AUAGCUUGUCCGGAUGCCUUUUGUACUUUGCAUUACUUCGCAACGCCAAGAAAAUUUGAACACGGUUCUUGAAUCACUAUUUUCUCUCUCAGCAUUUCUGACAAAGAAGCAGAAGUAUAGAUAUAGAUAGAAGCAGAUACAAACACAGAGAAGAAUAACAAUGGGAGGUAAAAGUUGGAGUUUGAAAGCAAAGCUAUGUGAUUCCUGCAAAUCAUCGCCGGCGAGUGUUUUUUGCCAUGCCGACACGGCAUUUUUGUGUCAUGGCUGCGACGCCAGGGUGCACGACUCUGACGAGGUGGCGUCCCAUCAUGCUCGGGUGUUGGUUUGCGAAGUGUGCGAGCAAGCGCCCGCUAUUGUCACCUGCAAGGCCGACGCGGCGGCUCUCUGCGCCACCUGUGACCGUGACAUACACUGCGCUAAUCCACUUGCCCGCCGCCACGAACGCCUCCCCAUAGUAUCCUUCUACAAGGCAUCACAGGUUAACAACAAUAACGAGAACAAAUACUUCUCUGAAGACGAGGCCGAGGCCGCCUCCUGGCUCUUGCCAAAUCCUCAUACGAAAGGAGGAACCACAGAGGAUGAUGAUGCCGACUCGUCGAAAUACAAGUCCAGCGAGUAUUUGUUCAGCGACAUGGAUCCAUACCUGGAUCUUGAUAUAAUUUCUGGAGAAAAUAUGAAUGAUCAAAAGAAGAGCCAGUACAUUUCUGAUGGGGUUGUGCCAGUGCAAAACAAGAAUGAUUUUCAGCAGAAUCAUUUUCAGGGUUCAGUUGUGGAUGGAUUUCCUACUUAUGAUAUGGAUUAUAACACUGGAUCCAAGCCCUUCAUGUACAAUUUCAGCUCCCAAUCUGUCACUCAAAGUGUCUCAUCAUCAUCUAUGGAAGUGUGCAUCGUACCGGACCCUGGUUCGAUAACCGACGUAUCCAACACUCUUGUGAAAAAUGACGAGAUCCCGAGCCCGGUUUCCGGGAUCGACAGAGAAGCUAGGGUGUUGAGGUAUAAAGAGAAGAGAAAGAACAGAAAAUUUGAGAAGACAAUACGAUAUGCAUCAAGAAAAGCCUAUGCUGAAACUAGACCUAGAAUCAAAGGAAGAUUUGCCAAGCGUUCAGAAAAUGGGGUUGAAUCACUCAUGGUCCCAACUUUUUAAUUGUAAGUUAAUUAAUUUUGGUGUUUUGAUUAAUCACUUGUUUCACAAGGGGAUUAUGAUGGAAGUCUGUACAUAUAUUUAGGUUAUCUCAUGUUGCUUGUUUGUUUGGUCGAUGUAUUUUUAUUUUUGUAUCUAAUGUUGUAACAAAAUAAUAUAUUAUUUGUGAAAAUUAUUCCUAAAUUAA